CUUAUUGAAGCCUGCAAAAGGACGCCCAUUUGGUGCCAAAAAAUUUUGCCGAAUAAGUGCUAAACAAAAAUAGCAUCAUACAUGUAUCAACAGCUGCCCCACGAAGUUCUUUGAUGACAGUAAACUACCCGAGUCCUCCAAGUCCAACAAAAAGUAUCAGAAUACGCUAGCGCAAAUGUCUGUGGUCUUGUUCUGCAAAUUUGUGUACUCACUAGCAGGUCAGCUGUAUAACCACUAUUACGAGUGCUCACCCAUACUAAGUAAGUACUUAGACAAUACAAGAAAGAUGUACCCUACUACAGCGGACCUCACCGUACCGAAAAGCCCCAUACGGUCCAGAUCACCGAGAGGAAGUACUACUUACGCUUGACCACGUGGUUGCAUUUUCAUCACACGGAGUUGAGAAUUCCAUCUACUUGUUGUUGCUGGAGAAUUGCAAAAUGGCAAAUUAAGGGGCUCUUUACAAUACAUAUUUAUACGAGGACUUCACCACCAUUGUUUUCCAUCAUCUCCAGGUAUAGUCUCCCGCGAUCAUGCUCUAGGAGGCGCCACCAGCAGCAGUAGUUUUUCCUAUACGUCUAGGCAGCAACAAGAGAUAGUGACCGCUUUUACCGAGAGUAUGCAGGAAGCGCUGCAGAACGCGAGGUUGCUUGGUCUGCCAUACAGCGAUAGUUCUAGUUAUGGUGGUGGCCAUCUUUUGAAUGAAUGGCAGCAGGAUUGAAUUGAAUGGUGGCAGGAUUGUGAGAAUGAGUUUGAGAAGUUUGCAGCUUGUUAUUUGUAGCUGUACUUCAACUUGAGAACAAGAAGUGCAACUUCUACCUUGAUGUUGUACUAGGUAGUGGACCUCUUGAUGUUGUACUAGGUAGUGGACCUUUGAUGUUCUCAUUUCGUUUCCAAGUACGUACUUUGCAGACCACUUUCAUCUCUCCUUUGAACGAUAUGUAUGAUCUUCUUCUAACCCCGCGGCCGGCAAAAGGAGUUCCUUUCCGAGUUUAUGCGACGUUACGAGCACCGUGUCCUGCAGGAAACGCGACAAAGGGCAACAGAGUGGGCUACAUCAACAGCAGCAGGAGGAUCCUCAUAUGAAAGGAAAAAAAGUUGUACUUCUCAUUCUCAAGAAAAGAGGCAGUGUUUCUACUUAGAACAGACUUAGCUACAGAAGAACAGCAGCAAUUUGUACCUACAGUUACUCUAGAGGAUGCAAGAAGAACAUCUUUCCAUACCUCUUGAGGAUGUUCGCACUCUAGAGGAUGGUGCAAGAACAUCUUCACUCUAGAUGUAGAUGUUCUUUGCUGUUUCUUGAGGAUCAUGAGUACGCUUUUUCCACCUUUCAUACCUGCUCAGCAUCCAGGAUCGCUCUGCCGAGAAAAAGCCAGCAAGAGUUGUUGCAAGAAGAAAGCUUGGCUUUGGCCGAACAAGAGCAACGUUUUCAGGAAGAAGAGGCAGAAGCAGAUGCAGAAAUCCGUAGAUUAUGCCAAGAACUGGCAGUAGCUGUUCGUAGUGCUGCUUCAGCGGCGUCAUCAGGUGGCUCGGCCGUUGGUGGUGGGGGCGCGUCGUCAAUGACGUCAAAUUCAAGAGCAGUAGGUGCCGCUGACACUAAAAAGUCUGCUUCCUUAGAAAAGACUUUGCAAAGCAUUAAUGACUUAGCAUCCAAAGACUUGGAAUUCCUAGGAGAAACAUUGGACAUUAGAACCGCGCCAGUGGAUGUAAGCGUGACAGGAAUAAACGAUACUUGAUUUUUCCUGAUAGAUGUGGUAUUCAGGCAGUGGUCGAUCUUGAUGCUAACGAAGAAAUGUGAAACUAUUGUGUCGGAAGAUCAUGAUAAGUACGGCAAGGUUCAAGUUGAGACGAACAAAGUCUCGAGCACGCUUGGA